AUGUCCUUGUUUAAUAUAGAGAUGAGAUUUGUGAGAAAACCUAAAGAUGAGCCCUACUGGAUUGUAGAAUUCCCUUCAGAAGUUGAAGUGAAGUUGUUGGCAAGCAGAUCAGUAUCACUAAGAAAUUGUAUUGAGCUUUGGGCCCAUGCUCCUAAUGUUCAAAAAUUACAUGAGGAGCUCAAACUGUAUCCCAAAAGUCUAAUGCAACCAUAUGUUCAAGCUGAUAAGAGCUUCAAAAUUGAAGUAGAUACAUUUUGCAAGCACUUCUCACAGAAAGAAAAGGUUGAUAAGUUAGAGGCUUUCAGUUAUUUACCAGUAGACGGACCUGUGGAUUUGAAAACUCCCGAUGUUACAUUCCAGUAUAUAGAGUAUUAUGGCAUCAUACCUCAUUGUCCUCCUGAGCAACCAUAUGAAGUCUUUUUUGGAAGAUGGGUAGCUAGUGGUCUGAGACAACUGAUAAAGAAACUAUCUUUGAAGACUCGGAAAUUUAUUGGUAACACCAGCAUGGAUCCUCAGUUGUCUUUGCUAAUGGCAAAUCAGGCAAAAGUAACAGAUGGCAGUUUAGUAGUAGAUCCUUUUGUUGGCUCAGGCUCACUCCUGGUUGCUGCCACUCAGUUUGGUGGAUAUGUGUGGGGUACUGACAUUGACUAUCUUAUGCUACAUGGCAGAACCAGGCCAUCCAGGAUACAUCAGAAGACUAGAGACCGUGAUGAAAGCGUGAGAGCCAACAUGAAGCAAUACAACAUGGAACAUCGAUAUAUGGACGUGCUAGUAACGGAUUUCGCGACGCCGAUUUCAUCACUAAUCACCAUGCAAAAAAAGUAAUACAACUACGUUCACUUUUUACUGACUAUUCUACUCCCUCAUUUUCAAGAAUUGUUCUCUUGGAACAAGGAAGAUCGUGGGUUCCGAACCUGUUGAUUGAGGUUUUUCUAUAUCGCAUAUUAGAUAUUCAUCUGAAGAAAUUGAAAUUAUUCUAGACUAGAGACCGUGAUGAAAGCGUGAGAGCCAACAUGAAGCAAUACAACAUGGAACAUCGAUAUAUGGACGUGCUAGUAAACGAUUUCGCGACGCCGUUUUGGCGCGAAGAUUUCCGAUUUGACGCUGUGAUUACAGACCCGCCUUAUGGCAUCAGGGAGGCUACAGAAAGAGUGGGUACUAAAAAAGAAGGAUAUGAAGUAAAGGCGGAGCAUCUACCUACUCAUAUUCCCGCCAAAAUCGAGUAUGGCAUCAGCAACAUCUACAAGGACUUACUGAGGUUUUCUGCAAGACACUUGAGAGUAGGAGGGAGACUUGUAUGCUGGUUCCCUGUGUUCAGGGAAGAUUAUACAGAGAAUGUUCUUCCACAUCAUCCCUGCUUAGAGUUAGUGUCGAACAGUGAACAGACUUUGAGUAAAGUGACAUCACGACGGCUUCUAACAUUUGAGAAAACUAGAGAACCAACAGAAGAUGAACUGGAUGAAUACCCAGUUGAUAUCAUGGACUUUCGAGAAAAGUACUUUGUUAUCAGAGAAGAAUCUAGAAAAGAGAGAAGAAUGAAAGAAGCUAAGAUUAGGGAAGAUGAUAGGUUAAGGAAUUUGAAUAAACAGAGUUGAUAAAAA